AAUUCUAGAACCGUCAGGUUGGUCGAUUCUUCCUUCCUCGUGCCAGCGAAAAAUAUUUGUGUUGUAGAAUUCGCCAAACAUGUUGACAUUUUAAUUGUUUGUUUACUCUAAAUUUCCAAUUUGACAAUUUGUGUUUGGGUUAUUAUGGAAAGUUGUUGCGAAAAGUAAAUUGCUUGGUUUAAGCUGUUUUUAUGUAUUUCAGAUUUAGGUACUCGAUGUUAAUAUUUAACUGAAAACGAAAGAAAUCUAACUAGCCUUACUAGGGACAGAAAUUCGACCACGAACUGACUGACAAAGUCAAAUGCUUGAACUUCUCAGAGACGUCUCUGAACUUCUUUAAAGCUUAAUGAUUUCUUCUAAAUAGCCUUACAGACAUGUAUAAGUCAAUAAGUGUUACAGUUUCAAUCAACUGAGAAGAGUUCAGUUAAUAAAAUAAUUGCUUGCACUUAGCAUAAACAGACAAUUUCAAAACAUAGUCUUCUUGAUGAACAAUGCUUUUUAAUUUUACAAUGUUUUCCCUGAAUAAUGUAUUGUGAAUUUAAAUCUUUAUUAUAACAGGGGCCUAUACAAACAAUUGUGUAUGGGUCCCUGGUUAAAAUUAACACUAAAUUUGUUUCAGUGCUUGUAAUAUUUAUGUGGGCACUUCUGCUUAAAUAAUUGUUUUGAGCAAUGCAAACACUAAUUUUAAUUAUAAUAAUAAUAACUGUCAAUAGAUGUAUCUAGAAGUUGUGCUACAUUUGCAUGUCAUGUUGCAGCUAAAAAAUGUUGUCUUUAUGAUUUCUUUAUGGCAGUAGAAAUUCUCCACUCGUACAAUGUCAGUGAGACAAUCUGUUCCCAUGGAUACCGGCUGGGCUUGGAUGAUAUGCCUUGGCUAUUUUGUGAGUGUAUUCUGCAUGGUAGGAAUUGGAAAGUCGUUUGGGAUUCUGAUGGAAGAGUUUGUUGACUAUUUCAAUGUCUCUGUUGCCGAAGCAGCCCUAGUGAUGGGAGUCUCAGGAGGGAUGUAUACCGUGGCAGCUCCAGUGUGUGUACUCGCUGGUCAGCAUUUCACUCAGCGCAAGGUCGUCAUGGUAGGGGCCUUUGUGGGCGGUCUUGGGCUCUCACUUGCAGGGCUCCUACUCAGCAUAGAGUGGGUCAUACUCACCUCGGGGGCAAUGUUGGGCUUUGGCAACGCUUGCAUAUUCGGUAAUGGCCUAGUGAUGCUUGGGCACUAUUUCAAGAAGAGAAGAAGCCUGGCCAAUGGUCUAGCCCUGUCCGGGGCCAGCAUUGGGAUGUUUGCAGUGCCCCCUCUGUUACAGUACCUUCUGGAUACGUACUCCUUAAGGGGUACAAUGAUAAUAAUAGGUGGGAUGUAUAUGAAUGCGGCUCUAGCAGGUGCUCUGUAUCGACCGGUUUCCCACUACACCGAUCCCAAAGUGGAUACUAAGUCAGAAACAAACAAGUUGCUGGGCACCGAGCCUGCAGAAAACCAUGUUGAACUAGGAACUGUUCGCAAACAUGUUGAUAGUGGUGAAAACCAUGGUGAUCAGCAGAAGCCAUUUGAUUUUGAUGAUAUUGAUAGAGAUGCGGAGGAUUAUAAAUUCAAAAUUAACAAUCAGGACGUGCUAAUAGGAAGUGUUGACAGUCUGCAUUCAAUAGCAUUAAAAACUGAAGACCAGUCUAAAUUAAACGUGGCUGACAAAGGAAAUAAGAAGAAAAAUAGGAUAACAAACAAAUGCCUUCAGUUCAUUGUUGGUUUGUUAGACUUCAGUGUUUUAAAGAAUUUUGUCGUAGAUAUGUUUGUAGUAGUCAGCUUCCUGAUUUUCUUCGGACAUUUUAACUUUGUUCUUUUUAUGCCAGCCACAGCAAGUGAUCGGGGAUAUUCCAAAUAUGACAAAGCGUUCCUAGUCUCCAUUUCAGGAAUAUGCGAUCUCGUUGGACGAAUACUAGUUGGCGUGGCGGGGGACCUACAUUUCUGCGCCCGAUACAAAAUCCUUGCCACUGCAUCCCUGCUAUUCAGUCUGGUGAUAUUUGGAUUUGCGUUUGCCACCCAGUAUUGGUUGAUGGGGAUUUUAGUUGGACUGUACGGGUUCCUGGGAGGGUGUUAUGUUGCGAUUAACGCUCCAGUGCUCAUAGACCUGGUGGGACUGGCUGCAAUGCCCAAGGUGCUGGGAGUAGUGCUGUUCAUUCAGGGACUUGGGGCUGCUUUUGGACAACCGUUGCUAGGUGCCAUCAGGGAUAUUGAAGGGUCCUUUGUAUCCGUCCAUAUUGUCUGUUCAGCAUCUGCCCUCCUUGGCUCCAUGCUUCUCUUCUUCUAUCCGAUGGUAGAGAGGCUUCAGAAACGACGGGAAAACAACAUAAAUAUCAUUGUAGAAGCUUAAGAAGAGUUCUUUUAGUUUUUAUUCAAAUUGUGUUAUUUGUGUUAAGUAUAUUGAUGAUCCUAAGGACAGUGAAGAUACAAUAAAGUUGUGAUAGUAUUAUUUUCAAAUGUUAUUAAUUUUCAACUGUCACAUACCUCAGCCAUUGUGCGUUUCAAUAUUUUUUACAAACGCUUUUGCAUUAUUCAUUUAAAGGGCAUUUUUAGUGUAAGUAUAUGGCUAAUCCUAAAUACAGUGUAGAUACAAUAACAUUAAAUAUAGUAUUUUUUCUUAUUAUUAGUGAUUUGCAACUGUCACAUACCUCAUCUAUUGUGUAUUUCAAUAUUUUACAAAAUCCUUUCCUGUAUUCCUAUAAAAUCUGUUGUCCUAUAUAUAAUCAGAUUGACCUGUUUUUACUUAGAAAUACAUGUACAAUUGACAUUCUCUCCAAGGACAAACACAUUUAAAUUGAUCUUCAUUUUUUUGUGUAUCCUUUUGCAAUAAUCUUUCAUAUUCUCAUCAAGAAUGAUUCCUAAAAACCAAUCAUUCUUUAUUUCAUGCAAUACUGUGAAACUGGAACACUGUUGUGUUUAACAGUCAAACUAUGUCACAUAAACUACAGUGAUUUCACGUUUGUUUACAUUGAUACAUGGAAAAUAAUCUCUUAAGUUAAAGAGGGAAAGGUGUUAACCCUUUGCAUGCUGGGAAUUUUGUCAUCUGCUAAUAUGUCGUCUGCUGAAUUUCUAAAAUUAGCAUUUUCUUCGAUUUUGUAUACCCCCGGAUCGAAUGAUUGGGGGCAUAUUGUUUUUGGCCUGUCUGUCUGUCUGUUUGUCUGUCUGUCUGCCUGCCUGUCUGUCUGUCUGUCUGUCUGUCUGUCUGUCUGUCUGUCUGUCUGUCUGUCUGUCUGUCUGUCUGUCUGUCUGUCUGUCUGUCUGCCUGUCUGUCCCAAAACUUUAACCUUACAGUUAAGUUUUGCAAUAGCUUUUGCAAUAUUGAAGAUAGCAACUUGGUAUUUGGCAUGCAUGUGUAUCCCAUGAAACUGCACAUUUUGAGUGGUGAAAUGUCAAGGUCAUCCUUCAAGGUAAAAAGUAAAAAAAUACAAUCCAAAGCAGCGUAAUAGGGGGCAUUGUCUUUCUGACAAACACAUGUCUUGUUUCAAAUAAUACUAUAAGAAUAGCAAACAGUUUGGAUCCUAAUGAGACGCCAUGUAUAGUGGCGUCUCAUCUGGAUCCUAAUUGUUUGCAAAGGCCUUCGAAAAUCCGGUGCCAGCACUGAAAGAGUUAUAAUUUCAUCAUUACUGAAUACAGAUUUCAUUUCCUCACAGUAUUGUUAUGACUCAGGGUAUAUAUCACUCCUCCUUUAUACAGCUUCUUUUGAAUCUCGAUGUGACCCAGUAAUAUUUUUGACUGCAAAUUUAACUCCACUUUGUUAGUAAGGAGUUUUAUUGUUAUUUUGGAGAGAAUCAAUCGUUUAAAGUCUCUGAGAUGAAUCACUUGAUAUUUGAUAUUGUAUUUCUUGUUGUUAUUAAUAUUAUGUCAACUUCUGUGGUAGAUUGUGUUUAUAAUGUUUGUUUUUACAAUAAAACACUAUUUUUAUAUAAAUAUACCAAGAUUUGGUAAAAAAAUAUAUCAUUUCCAAACUAGGAUGCCAAAAUCACAUAAGGGCAAUGACUUUUUUACCUGUUGAUCUGAUUUAGUCAUGGUAUAGUUAUUUACUUAACAUUUUUGACUCUAUUGUAUUUUGUAUCACUUUGUUUGGAUUUGAGUUUUUAUUUACAUGUAUUUUUUACAAUUAUUACAAAAUUUCAUUAUAUUAUCGGACAAUCUAUAGAUAACCCAGUAAUAAUAAUGUUGUAUUUAUUAUUAUGAAAUGAAAUUAUGUUGUAUAUUUUUUAAUAUUUGACCUUGUCAAGGUCUUCUUUAAAAAUUAAAUUAUUUGUUUUGUUUCAAUAUAGAUGUAAUGUUAUUGUAUUUUUCUUUUAGUGUGAAUGUGAGUUGUGUUUGGUUUGCUUUUUAUGUAAUGUUUUAAUUUUUAAAGUUUUUUUUUUGUUAAAUCCCUUACACUGCUCGCCAGAGGGGGCUAUAUGUUUGCUCUUCAUCCAUAUAUCGUUCAGUUCAUUUGUGAUCCUGCAGUAGCUCAAAAUACUUUAAUGAAAUUUUUCAAUGGGGUGACAAGUCUUAAAAAGACAAUUUUAAAAUAUUAAGAAUUCAAGUAAUUUGUUUGAUACAUUUAGCACUUGAUGGAACAUGCUCAAGAAACUGUAAAACGGGUUACAUUAUGUCUCCAUAGGACACAAGAGUCUCUGUAAUGAAAUGUACAAAUUACAGACAUGCUGUUCCAACGUUGUGUUGUAAGACACACAUAGAAGAUUAAUACCAUGUUUAAACAAUAACAACACAUUGCAAUACUCUAGUCAUAAUUGCUUUACUUAAACCAAGGUAUUUAGCUUUUAGCCUCAAUCAAAAUGAAUUAAAUUGCCAUGAACAGUGUUGAAACAUUUUAUAUAAGGAAGAUAAUUCCUGAAAGAUUUCAUGAUUUAAAAAAAUUUCAAAGCCUACACAGAGGCAUAUUUGUUGCAUUUAACAAUGCCUAAGCACAUUGCUUCUGAAAAAGUGAAUGAAAAACAGCCUUACGCAUGUCUAUCCGUGGUAUCGUUCCUCUUCAUGAAUACAUCUGAAUUUUGGAAGUUAACAAAUAUAAUGUCAAUCUAUAUUUAAAUGUGCAUUAUUGGACAUAACAACGAAAACUGCAUUGAAAACGGCAUGAUUUUGACAAACUACUGGCUAGACUUUGCUCCCUGUAGUACUAUGUGUUUGAUAAUAUUGGCCCUGCUGAUUGGUUGCUAAGAUUUGUUACUAACAAUUGAAAAGCAUUAACUUUUCAGCACUUCUUCAGUGUAUUUUUUGUGUGUUAAAGUCAUGAUACUAUGAGGAGGGCCGUUACUAUGAGAAUAAGGGAUAGAAACAAUUUACCAAUGUGAGGAUUGUGGUUAAGGUUGUGGAUCCUGAUAUUUUCUCUCUACUGCUUGAGCCUCUUGGUCUAGUGCAUGACUAUGUGACAGUUAGCCUGGACAUUACCAAACUGCAGUUUUUUUUAAGCUAACUGAGUCAAAAGCACAGUAAAUUGCUUUUGACAUCAUGGCAACUUUAAUAUCAGCGACACUGAUUGCAUGUUUAUUAGCUUCCACUUUACAUCAGGUGUUCUCAAGGUUUGGUGUUCUCAAGGUCACAAAAUAUUGUUUAAGAAAGACCCUUUUGAUGUUGGUUACAGAUCACUUUAAAUAAUGUCUACUUUGACUCCAUCACAUCAUUUUUGCUUUUUCCGCCUGUGUUCGGGAUUCAUUCUAUUUGUUACUGCUACCAAAGUACAAUAAUAACAACCCAUGCAUAAGACGUCAAACCAUGGAUUUUUCUGAUAAAAUUUCCCGCGGUUUGGUAUCAUUUCUGAUACUGGCGGUCUUCAUGACAGACAAAAAAGUAAACAUGUAAAACUUGUUUUGGGUUGGAAAUGAAUACGAAACUUCAAAUAUGUUUAAACUAUUGACUGGUAUGUGUUAAUUUUACUUUGAUAAAUGGUUUUAUGACAGUUGUACUUUUAAUAUAUAAAAAAAUUACAAAGCUUUCAUCACUUUAAUUGAACGUUUUGCCAUAUUUUAUGAAAGAACAUUUCUAAAUUUAAUUAUCGUUUAACUGUAUUUGAAAUUGAUAAAAUAUACACAUCAUUAUGAUCUACCGGCAAUAGUGAGUACUUGGGCUUUAGCAUGACUCCUGUUUUGCUUAGAAACUUUCAAAGCCGUGUAAUUUAAUUUACAUGUACCAGUAUUCAACUUGUAAAAAGGACCUCAACAACAGCUGCUAUGUGUUUAGGAUUUGAUUAUUUUGCAUGUAUAUUUGCUUUGUAUUGACAACAAAAAGCAUUCUUCAGUAUAUGUAGCUAUUAGAAACAAAUCAGUUGUGUAUGUAGCUAUUAGAAACCUAUCAGUUAUGUAUGUAGCUAUAAGAAACAUAUUAGUUGUGUAUGUAGCUAUAAGAAACAUAUUAGUUGUGUAUGUAGCUAUAAGAAACAUAUUAGUUGUGUAUGUAGCUAUAAGAAACAUAUUAGUUGUGUAUGUAGCUAUUAGAAACAUAUCAGUUUUAUAAGUUGUGUGAUAUGAUUAUUAUUUAUAUGUUUAUAUUUAAGUAUGAACAAUGUCAUUUUUCAAUUUGUACUGAAAAGAUUGCUUAAAAUAUGUGAAGAACAUACUAACUUAGAAUCUCAUUCCCUAAAUUAAUUAUGUGUAAAUUUGAAAUUCAGAACUUAUGAAGAUGUGACCCAGAAUUGAUGCUGAUUUGUAUUUUAUAUGCACCAAUACUUUUAUGUCCAUUUCAUUGUGUUACAUAUUUUUGUGCACCCGAUCUAUUGUGAUAGCCAUUAAUCAUCAAUACCAUCCCAAAAUAAUAAUAAUGAUAUUAAUAUUUUUCACAAAGUCUUAACUGUCAUGUCAACAACUAGGUCACUUGGUCAAAUUGAUUAACAUUUACUAGAGUUUAAUAUUUUUAGCACAGAUUUCUUUCAACUAGCGCAGAUUAUUUGUUUCAACAAUAAUUAUGCAGAAUUGUGAAUUCUCUAAAAACUAACGGAAAAACAAAUGUGUGAACUUCGAUGAACGUCCUAAUUCUUUUUAAACAGACAAAGAGACAUAGCGCCGUUAUAUGGCCCCCUUGUUGCGUAAUCCUAGGGCUCCAUAUCAGAAAUCGAAAUUUUAGUACUUU